AUGGAGAAAGGGCAAAUUAUGAGCAAAAGAGCGCAGAGAAAGAGAGCACUGAGGGAGAAAAAGGAAAAGAGUGCAGAGAAAGAGAGCACUGAGGGACCAUCCGCUCCUUCGUCCUUCCCUCCGAUACUCACGGGAGGAGAUAGCGAUCAAUACGAUGUGUUCUUGAACUUUAGAGGCUCAGACACCCGCAAAGGAUUCACCGAUUAUCUCUACCGCAGUUUGGUCAAUGCAGGGACUGUAUCGAUUUCAGUGUUCAAGGACGACAUCAGCCUCGAAAUUGGCGAGGAUUUUAAUUCGGAGAUUCUUGAGGCUAUCACUCGGUCUAAGAUUUUGAUUCCGAUCAUCUCCGAAAAUUAUGCUUUGAGCAAGUGGUGUCUCCGCGAGUUAGUUCGUAUGAUGGACUGCAAGAAGAGCAUGUCGCACAUGGUGUUGCCCAUUUUUUACAAAGUGGACCCAUCAUAUGUGCGGUUUCUAAAAGGAAAUUUUGGGGAGGCCUUCCGUUUUCGUGAGAAGCGUUUUGAUACGAAGGAUAUCUAG